AUGUUCGCGCGCGCCAGCGCUCCUUUCCCUCUCCCCAUUCACUCGCACCACUCGCACCACCGGACUCGACUCGGACUCGGCAAUGAUCGCACCACGCCACAACUCGACGUCGCAUGCUUUCACAUUGCCCACAUGCGCCAUGCAAUCUGUAAGAUGCAACUCGAUCUCUCUCGACUUCGGCACAACGUGUCACUUCAACCCGAUUGA